GCCGGCGAGCGCUUGGCUCUCUGUCUCUCGAGGUGCGGUCACCCAUCUCGUCGGUUCCCCGACGGCAUCCGUGACGGUCCCCGAACAUCUCCCGAUGGCUGUGUGUGGUCCCCGUCUUUUUUCUUAACCGGUUAAUUUCGUGCAACCCGAGAGUAACGAAGAUCUAGGAUCAUCGCCGGAAGGGGUGACUUUUUCAGCGACUUCUCGCGGAGUAAACUCCGAAAUGAUUGCGCAUUUCGCGAUUGGAUCCGCCUGGUAAUCGCAAAAUUGUCGAUUAAACUGUGGAUGAUUAAGGUCACGGAAAGAUUUAACUAAAGUGCACGACUCGAUUUAAAAGCGAGUGAUAUUCCGGAUUGGAACUCUGUCAUCUUCCGCUCCGAAGCGGAGACUUCGACGACCGAUACGGAGGAUGUCACGCUUCGGAGACCACCCUGGCUGCCGCGGCCGUCGCCGUGUCGCGGUGGCUACGACCCUGAGGGCGAUCUUGCGGUGAGAGUCGCGUAUGCGUGUUUCCUCCUCAUGCUGUAUUUAUACCGACGUAGUGUGAUUCUCGCCGAGUGUCAUUGGCGAGUCAAUGAGAGGCUCUAGAGAAGCGACGCGGAUCGAAGCAAAGCGAUGUGGUCCCCGGCGAGAUUCGGUUUGUUCGAGUGAUGAUUUCUCCGUGGAGGAGAAAAGAAGUCGGUGUUGUUGUUUUUGUCGAGUCGAUAGGCGGACGUGUGAUUUACUCGAAGAAGAAUACGUUAAGGACGAACACAGAGCGCGAGUGACAGUACGUGUUUAGUGUGCGUUUUUUCUUUUUUUUUUUCAUCUACGUUCUCGCCCAUGGAUUGUGCCAAUCAAGGAUUAAUGCAUGCCGGAAAUUGCAGCAUGGAGGACAUAAGCGUCACAAUCACCGGCACAACUACGACAAGUACGAACACGGUUUAUCCUACUAUAAAUGACAUGGAUUGGUUCGCCGGUGUCGCUGAAGAAGAAUUGCUGUAUUAUACCGGGGUCGGUAACGACGUCGAUUCCUUAUGGGCUGUUAUUGGCAGUUUUAUACCGCCGCCCCCUAGACCACCUUAUUUACCCGAAGAAAGCAUAGCCACCGAUGGACUCACCACCUGCGACUUGUGUUCCUGGGCAUGGAGAAACGAUAGGCAUUCCUUCUCUCUGGACGGCACCCUUGAAGCUCCUGGGGAACUUGGAUGGGUGCUGACUCUAGUGAUAGUAUCCUUAGUAUCAGCCGGUAUCGGCGCUGUGGUAAUGCUGACCCUCCUUCAUUGUCGAAGGAUAAAAAGUGCCGGUGGCAGAGCGAACUGUUGCGGCGUCGGCGUGGAAGAUGCAAGCGUACCCGAUGUCGGACCCGCAGGAUCGGGUGGUACCGGCGGUGGGGUGGCUGUCAUACCCGAUCGUCCACCUCUCGAAUUAGAUAAAUUACCGCCUUAUCACGACGUAGCGCCCAGUCCCGGGCACAACGUGUGGUCGUGGUUGGGUUCUCGACGAGGCGGUGGUACCCCGGGAAUCGUCACAACCCCGCUCUCCCUUCCUCAGCAUCGACGGGCGAUGAAUCUCCCGGUCGAGAAUCACUACACCCACAUGCAGACCGACGAGGCUCUAUACGCGGAACUGGACUCGCAAGCCGCGAGCUACGCAAGCGAUCUACAGUUACAAAUGAGAGGAAGCUCAACGUACGGUACGACUUCCGGUGGCCACGAUGACGAAUAUCACGAACUAGACGCGGCUAGAUUACAUCGUCAUUAUGGUGGCAGCGACGGAUCGUUACAAACCGAUACACUUCGCACUCGGCACAGUAAAAGGAUACAAGAGCCGGACUAUGAGAUGUACGAGAACGGACCGUCGACGCCUGUAUCGCCGGGUCAGCACCAUCAUCAUCAUCACCAUCAUCACAACCAUCAUCACCAUCAUCAGGAGUUGAGGAUCGGUAGCAGAAACAGCGAGCAUCCCUCGUAUCAAAACACGGCGUAUACCGGAAGCGACGCUGAACCGGACGGACCGACGCUGAGCAGCGCUCCCAGCAGUGCCUACUACAGCGAUCUCAGCUCAAACUCGGUAAAUCAACAGAUGCCGACCACAGCAGUGUCGUCCACGACGACGACGACGACGACGACGACGAACCUACACCAGAACCUGGAUGCGCCGCAAUAUAGACUCGCGGCGAUCAACGAGAACACAGUGCCUUCGGAUUAUAUUUAAGACAGUUAUUCCUUUCGAAACAAAAAAGUUUCAGUGUCAAAUAGACAAUUUCAUUGAUGUACGUUCGUUCUGCGUGUGAGAGAAGAACCUUUUUGCAUAGUAUUUAUAAUUUAACUUUAUUCACACAACGAGGAUAAUAGGAGAAGUUGUAUUCUUGUACUAAAAAAAAAUAGAAAUAAAACGAGCGGAUUAUACAA